UUGUGUCAAGUUUCUCACCGCUGUCAUUUGACGGAGUUUCGUUAACCACCGUACCGGAUUUAUUUUCUACCUGGCUUCGAGACGGUUCAAUUAGCUUAUAAUCGUUAGGCAUGGCGGAUACGACCGUGGACGCGACACGCCGUUUAAAUGUUAAAAAACAGACCUUAGACGACGCUUAUGCAGCGCCUGCAAAUUUCCUCGAGAUUGACGUGAUUAAUCCAAUCACACACGGCGUCGGCAAGAAACGAUAUACCGAUUACGAAGUUCGUAUGAGGACAAACCUACCAGUUUUCAAAGUUAAAGAUUCCACAGUGAGAAGAAGAUAUAGUGAUUUUGAAUGGUUAAGGAAUGAAUUAGAAAGAGAUAGCAAGAUUGUAGUGCCUCCAUUACCAGGAAAGGCCUGGAAACGCCAGAUGCCUUUUCGUGGAGAUGAUGGUAUUUUUGAAGAAGACUUUAUUGAAGAUCGAAGAAAAGGAUUGGAAGAGUUUGUUAAUAAAAUAGCAGGACAUCCACUAGCACAGAAUGAACGAUGUUUGCACAUGUUUCUGCAAGAACCUGUAAUAAACAAGAACUACGUACCUGGAAAAAUACGUAAUACAUAAGUUACAAUAAGACUCAUCGCAAGUAUAUUUGUCUCCCCACCUUUAAUAUUUAGUCAUGUUUGACUAUGUUGAAAAUUGAUUCUACAAUUU